AUGGCGGGUGUGUGCCUGUGCCUGUGUGUUUUUGAGGUGUUAUCCUCCGGUCCUCCGGCCCUCCUGCUGUGGGAGCCUCCGGGGCAUGAACAGGACAAAGAGGGCACUGGGCACAUGGAGAGCAAUGAGGACGUGGGCACGCUGUGGUCAGAGAGGUCAGGAGUGUGGGGUGUGGAUGUGGACUCGCGCCAGCCGGCCGCUGACUCUGAUGAUGCCCUUAUUGCCUCCAAACCUCCGGGGGAGUUUGCGUGGCGUGACCCUGAGCUGCCGGAGGUGAUCCACAUGCUGCAGCACCAGUUCCCCUCGGUGCAGGCCAACGCCGCCGCCUACCUGCAGCACCUGUGCUAUGGAGAAAACCGCAUCAAGGCCGAGGUUUGUCGGCUGGGCGGGAUCAAGCACCUGGUGGAUCUGCUGGACCACAAGGUGCUGGAGGUGCAGCGCAACGCCUGCGGCGCCCUGAGGAACCUGGUCUACGGCAAGGCCACCGACGACAACAAGGUGGCCGUCAGGAACGCCGGCGGCAUCCCCGCCCUGCUCCGGAUGCUGAGGAAGACCGUGGACGCCGAGGCCAGGGAGGUGGUCACAGGGGUGUUGUGGAACCUGUCCUCCUGCGACGCGGUGAAGAUGACAAUCAUCCGGGACGCCUUAACUACUCUGACCAACACUGUGAUCAUCCCGCACUCCGGCUGGAGCAGCUCCUCGUUCGACGACGACCACAAGCUCAAGUUCCACUCCUCCCUGGUGCUACGCAACUCCACCGGCUGCCUGAGGAAUCUUAGCUCGGCUGGGGAGGAGGCCAGAAAACAGUUGCGUGGCUGUGAGGGGCUCGUCGACUCCUUGCUCUACGUCAUCAAGGCCUGUGUUAGCACCUCCGACUUUGACAGCAAGAUUGUGGAGAACUGUAUUUGCACUCUGAGGAACCUUUCGUACCGGCUGGAGCUGGAGAUCGUCCCAUCGCGAUUGGUCGGCACUCAGGAGCUCGAUGGCCUGUUGGGGUCAGAGUCGCCCAGUAAAGAGGUGGACUAUGGCUGCUGGGGUCGCAAGAAGAAAAAGAAGAAGAAAGACUCGCAUGAAGACCAGUGGGACGGCGUUGGCCCCAUCCCUGGGUUCUCCAAGUCUCCCAAAGGGGCGGAGAUGCUGUGGCACCCGGCGGUGGUCAAGCCUUACCUCACCCUGCUGGCCGAGAGCUCCAACCCGGCUACGCUGGAGGGCGCCGCAGGGUCGCUACAGAACCUGUCAGCGGGCAACUGGAAGUUUGCGGCGUACAUCCGUGCGGCGGUGCGUAAGGAGAAGGGUCUGCCCAUCCUGGUGGAGCUGCUGAGGAUGGACAAUGACCGGGUGGUGUGCUCCGUGGCCACCGCCCUGAGGAACAUGGCUCUGGAUGUCAGGAACAAGGAGCUGAUUGGGAAGUAUGCCAUGAGGGACCUUGUCAACCGGCUCCCAGGGGGCAACACCACCCAGCUGUCGGACGAGACGGUGGCGGCCAUUUGUUGCACUCUCCACGAGGUCACCAGCAAGAACAUGGAGAACGCCAAGGCCCUGGCCGACACGGGGGGCAUCGAGAAGCUGGUGAACAUCACCAAAGGCCGGGGAGAGAGGUUCUCCAUGAAAGUGGUGAAGGCUGCAGCCCAGGUGCUGAACACUCUCUGGCAGUACAGAGACCUGCGCACCAUCUACAAGAAGGAUGGAUGGAACCAGAAUCACUUUGUCACCCCAGUGACGACGUUGGAGCGCGACCGGUUCAAGUCUCAGCCCACUUUACCAACCAGCACCCUGCAGAUGUCCCCAGUCCACCAGUCCGCGGGCAGUGCCACCUCCUCUCCUGCCAUGCUGGGCAUCAAAGAGCAGCGCUCCGAUUACCAGAGGGCCCCGUCAACUAUGCAAUUUUAUAACUACCAAGGCGACAACAAUGUACAUAAAAACCAAUACACAGGGUCUGCGAAGUCUUCGCCAUAUUACAUUGGGUCCUAUUCCUCACCAACACGAGAGGAGCCCAGAAGAACACAGCCACAGUUCUAUGGCGAUGAACCGGGCAGGAGGAACUAUGACACCUACCGAAUGUACCUGCAGUCACCCCAUGGCUACGAGGAGCGCUACCUGGAGGACAGUGCCGUGCGCUACUCCACGGCAGACUACGCUCCCCAGCCGCUCGGGCUCAAAGCCACCACUAACUAUGUGGACUUCUAUUCCACCACACGGAGGCCUUCUUACCGGGCAGAACAGUACCCGGGCUCCCCUGACUCCUGGGUAUAGACCAGAGAGCGAGAGAGAGCGAGUAAGAGAGAUUAUUGUAGAGGCACGGGACCUUUGCCAAGAGGCUCCAUGAACUCUUCCACAUGAACUUUUAUUUUGCGUGUCAGUUUGUCUGUUUUUUUUUUGUUUUGUUUUGUUUUGUUUUGUUGUUGUCGUUUGUCUCCUUUUUUUAUAUAAAACAAAGUUAAAGAUGAAUGUGGCGGUCGUUCAGAUGAAAUCAGAUGGGUGAAAUGGAAAGUGAGCCAAAGAAGGAAUUCAUGGAAUGUGUUGUUUUUGAUUUAAAAAAAAAAAAAAAGACAUGGAGAGUGAGAGGGAAAGGAAGAAUCUUGCAGUGAGUGUGUCAGGACAAAGGGGCGAGGAUGCCGGGCGCUAGUGUGCCACAGGCUCCCUGCACUGUGUAAGGGUUUGUGUUUGCUUUUUUUCUUUUGAAGACGUAGUUGUGAUAGCAUGGAGAAAGAGUGAGUAAUGUGAUUAAAAAAGGUUUGCGAUAGAGAAUCAGGUGGGGAAUGUGUAUGUAGGCCAAAAUCGAUCACCAACAUGUAUCUGUAAAAAAAAAAAAAGAAGAGAAAUAAUAAUAAUCUAAUGUCAUUAGUUUGUACAGAGGGAACAAAUUGUAUUCGUACCUAUUGUUGAGAUUGUGAAUGCCACUAAGUCUUGUACAUUUCCAUCAUUGUAUUGUAAAUACAGAAAAAAAAGGCCACCAGGUUUACGCUCAUCAGCACGGAUGUGUGCUAUGUUGAAUUGAAUAUAGGUAAAUAAAUAUAUGGAAUAUGAAGGGUGAUGGUGGGGGCAACGUUGGCAUUGAAAACACUCUGGAGUAAUAAAAAAAAUCACUUUUGUUUUUUAAA